AAAUAUAUUGAAGUGACAUUAGGAGAACUGCAGUACUUAUGGCGCUCAAUACAUUACGGCAGUUCUAUAUGGAAAUACCUCCGGUGACACGGUUUUAUACGACUGCCUGUGUCAUGACUACCCUGGCAGUGCAUUUAAACUUGGUGUCACCACUACAACUUUAUUAUAAUCCAAUUUUAAUUUUGAACAAAUUACAAAUAUGGAGAUUAGCUACCACUUUCCUGUUUUUCGGAUCGGUGGGUAUAAGUUUUUUCUUCAACAUGGUAUUCACAUACCGAUAUUGUCGUAUGCUGGAGGAAGGUUCGUUCCGUGGUCGCAGUUCGGAUUUUGUUAUGAUGUUCCUCUUUGGUGCUGCACUUAUGACAUUUUUUGGACUAUUUGUUAACUUACUGUUCCUGGGACAGGCGUUUACCCUGAUGCUGGUAUAUGUAUGGUCGCGACGAAAUCCCUUUGUUCGUAUGAACUUCUUCGGUGUAAUGAACUUCCAGGCUCCGUAUUUGCCGUGGGUUCUUUUAUGCUGCUCUAUGAUUCUGGGCAAUACCAUAUGGGUCGAUAUCAUUGGCAUGGGUGUUGGUCAUAUAUAUUAUUUUCUAGAAGACGUAUUUCCAUUCCAAAGAAACGGUUACAAGUUUAUAAGAACUCCAUUUUUCCUGAAAGUUCUAUUUAAUGAACAUAUUGACCGUAAUUAUCAGCCUCCACCCGAGGACCGACCAGGCGGCUUUAAUUGGGGAGGAGAAGAUGGUCAAGAACAAGCACAGGAAAACAACGGUGACGAAGCAGCACAAAAUCAAAGAGGACCAGUUCUGAAUUAA